CUGCACUGCAGUCUUUGGGUCUGGAAGCACUUGAAGUCCAGGAGCUGAGUGCUGGGAAGCGCUGGAAAGCUUCAGGGAAGUUCCUCAGAAUUGCUAAAAGAAGAUUAUCUCCAGAACCUUCCUUCCCGGGGAGAGGAGAGUCUACACACUGUGAAACUCAAGAUGGUCCUGAGUGGGGCGCUGUGCUUUCGGAUGAAGGAUGCAGAAUUGAAGGUGCUUUAUCUGCAUGAUAACCAGCUUCUAGCUGGAAGGCUGCAUGCAGGGAACAUCAUCCAAGGCGAGGAGAUCAGUGUUGUCCCCAAUCGGUCUCUGGAUGCCAAGCUCUCUCCAGUCAUCCUGGGUGUCCAGGGAGGGAGCCAGUGCCUGUCAUGUGGGACGGGGCAGGAACCGACUCUGAAACUAGAGCCAGUAAAUAUCAUGGAGCUCUACCUCGGUGCCAAGGAAUCCAAGAGCUUCACUUUCUACCGGCGAGACACAGGGCUCACCUCCAGCUUUGAGUCAGCUGCCUACCCAGGCUGGUUCCUCUGCACUGUGCCGGAAGCAGACCAGCCUCUCAGACUCACCCAACUCUCGGAGGAUGCCAGCUGGGACAGCCCCAUCACGGACUUCUACUUCCAGCAGUGUGACUAGGGCAAUGUGCCCCCAGAACUCCCUGGGCAGAGCCAGCUCAGGCAGGGGUGAAGGUGGAAGAGGACACUGAUGGCAGCCACCCCCUCUGCUCUCAGGGACCCCACCUCUGGCUGCGCAUUUGGCCACUCUCCCUUUUGGUUCCCAGUUUGGGUAAAUUCUUUUGCGAUUCGGGGCUUAGGCCACAGUUUCUUUCCCUGUUGGGUGCUGCUGCUCUCAUGGCACCUUGCAAAAACCAUAUGAGAUGAACUGGGAGUCACAUAAAAAGGUUCCUUACGGGUGCAGGGUGCAGGGAGAAAUCCUUCAUGCUUUAUGGUAACUCAGCCAGUACCCCUGAGCCCACGGGGCAGCCCAUCCCAGUUGAGCCUAUUAGGGCCACUGGCUGCCCACAUGAGGUCCUUUCGUGCACCACUGUGCAGGAGAGGGAGGUCAUAGAGUUAGGGGCACAAGGCCCAGCCCCUUCCCUCUUCCCUUUAAUUCAGCUGCCAUUGUAUGCUAUUUUUUUCCAUCCUAUCCUUGUGCUCUAGCCGUGGCAGGAGAGGGUGGUGGUGUGUGAGGAAGUGGCUCCAGCUCAGAAGACUGAAGAAUGGCCAGGCAGGCAUGUCAUACAUUCUGAGACCCGAGAUACCA